AUGCUGCGUCGACGCGGAGGCGGCGCCCAGUUCAAUCCGUUCGUACUGCCCGUGAAGGGCAAACCAGCAUCUGCCCAACCUCAAGACGACGACGAGGACGCAUACGAAGAAUCUGAUGCCGCCAACAACCGUCAGGCGCUACGUAGUGGCGCGUCGCUGUCUGUCAAGCGGCUCCCGUUCCUGUCCUUCGUUGUGAUGGAGCCCGAGCGUCGCGCACAGCGCGUGCGACGUCCAUUCAAGUCUCCAUGCGGAGAAGGUGGCCGCUCACAGGAGAGCAACCGCCUGCUUCAGACCAAGACGCUAGGAAUGCGUCGACGCUGGGGCUCUUUAGUACUAAAGCCAAUGGUGCGUCAUGACAUGCCGCCUGUUGAAGUGGACGUCGAGGAGAUCGAAACACCCAUCGAGCCCGAACCUAUAGCCGUAGAAGAACCUGUUCCAGCUACAGCUCCAGUAGCCGAUGCGCCACCUCCACUUGUAUUAUGGCAGAGUAAGACAGACCCCGAUAUUAAAGUCGUGGUGCCUGAAAUCGUGGGCAAAUUCCUGCGUCCUCAUCAACGAGAAGGCGUACAGUUCAUGUUUGACUGUGUGUGUCAAGUAAAGGGCUUUGAUGGUCAAGGAUGUAUCCUGGCUGAUGACAUGGGUCUCGGAAAGACCCUACAGAGUAUCACGUUGAUGUAUACGUUGCUGCUGACCGGGAUGGACAUGAAGCCCACCGUAAAUCGAGCAAUCGUAGUGUGUCCGACAUCAUUAGUCAAGAAUUGGGACGACGAGAUUAUCAAAUGGCUACACGGACGUGUGAAGACGGUGGCAUUGUUUGAAGCCAAGCGCGAGACGGUAAUCAAGGGAAUUAAUCAGUUUAUCGAGGGAAGCAAGAGGCCACGACCUGGUUUCUCAGCCCAAGUGCUGAUCAUCUCCUACGAGACGUUCCGUAUGCACGCUCAGAAGUUCGCAGACACUCCAGCAUGUUGCGAUCUGCUGAUUUGUGAUGAAGCACAUCGACUAAAGAACGCCAAUUCGCAGAUUAACAAGGCGCUGUCUUCCUUGGCGUGUCGGAAGCGUGUGCUUCUAUCCGGUACACCGAUGCAGAAUGAUCUGGAGGAAUUCUUCGCCAUGGUAGACUUCACCAACCCAAAUAUCCUUGGAACGCCAAGCGAGUUUCGGAAAAAUUACCUGGGGCCAAUCCUCAUUGGACGCGAGCCAGAUUCGACGGAUCGGGAGCGACAAGUGGCGCAGUCAUGCUCGGCUAUGCUGUGUGAGAUCGUCAACCAGUUUAUUCUACGUCGAGGUAACAUUUUAAACGCCAAGCAUCUUCCACCGAAGCUCAUGCAGGUGAUUUGUUGUCCGCUAUCUCCACUUCAAGACAAACUCUACAACCAUUUCCUGUCGUCCAGUGCUUGUCGCGAUAUGAUGAAACGCUCCAGCGCGAAUGUUCUGUCUUCUAUCACUGCGUUGAAGAAGCUGUGCAACCAUCCGCUGCUGAUCUUUGAUGAAAUGGGGAAAACCAACACGAAGCUUCCUGGGUUUAGCAAUUGCGCUCAGUACUUUACAGCAGCGAAAUCAUCGAAAGAAGGUGGAGGUGGUGAUAGCAGGCAUCGACGAGGAGGCUUCGGAGGACGUACAUGCUACCCUGAAUGGUCUGGAAAAAUGCUUCUACUUGACCGUUUAAUGUUCUCAAUGAGGAAGACAACAACAGAUCGGAUCGUGAUCGUAUCCAACUACACUCAGACACUGGAUGUGGUUUCUACACUUUGUCAGGAGCGGCAUUUGCCGUUUGUCCGUCUGGAUGGAACGACGUCAGCCAAGAAGCGGAAAAAACUGGUCGACACUUUCAAUGAACCAACCACGAACUCGUUUGCGCUCUUGUUGUCAAGUAAAGCUGGAGGAUGUGGCUUGAAUUUAAUUGGCGCGAAUCGGUUGGUGCUUUUUGAUCCUGAUUGGAAUCCCGCGACAGAUAAACAAGCUGCUGCUCGAGUGUGGCGUGAGGGACAGAAGAAAAUGUGCUAUGUGUACCGCUUUCUAGCGACGGGAACUCUCGAAGAGAAGAUCUUCCAACGUCAGCUGUCUAAAGAGGGUCUUCAGAACAUCGUGGACGAUAAGGAGGAAGUGAACUCGCUGUCUUCUAAGGAUCUCAAGAGGCUGUUUGUAUUCCGGAAAGACACCAUGUCCGACACACACGAUCAGCUGAAAUGUGAUCGCUGUCAAUGGAGAAAUACUAGUAACGAGACGUCAGCUGAAAUAGCGAUCGAUGCUGCUGAAAAUGAAGCAAGAAACGAAAUUUCACCUGAUAGAGACAUCACCAGUGACGAGGACGUUGACCAGGACAUAGACAAGGGCUAUCAUCCGCAAAUCGGCAUGCCACCAGAAGAAGAUUUGAACAGUUGGGGUCACCAUCGCUCCUACGCUUCUGUCGAUGACGAAGUGAUGCAAACAGCCUUACAGCAAGUCCAGAAUGACCUUGUAAGCUUUGCUUUCAGCUGUCGUAUCGACUGGGAGCUGCUCCAAGAACAUCAAGCUGAAAACGAAGAAAAGGACAACCAACGUGAUGAAGAGCGGAAACGUAAGCGUAUGGAGAUUAUUGAGGCUGCAAAGCAACGGGCUGAAGAAGAAAGCAAGAGCAAACGCUCCAAAACGAAGAAAAGCAAAAGUAUCGACGAGUCAGACGAAUCAGAGGCAGGAUCAAGCAGCGAUGAAAACGAACACGACGAAGUCCUGGGCGAAAGUGAAUCGGAGAGCGAAGACGAUUUCUUGUCGCGACCUCGGCCUGGCUCCGAGGUCUCUGAAGUUGACAUUUCGUGUACGCCAAAGCCACCUCUCCGACGCCCUGCAGCGGCAAAUUCGCUAGAGGAAUCCUCUCAUCCGGCUCCGACCCACUCUGAAACAGCAGCAGCAGUGCCCGUCAAGACGAAGCGGAGUGUGACGUUUGCUCCUGAGGUUGAUGAAGGCUCUUGGUCACCGUCGAAGAAGCGAAAGAUGAGUGACUUUUCUGAUUCCGACGACGAGGAUGCCUUCAUCGAGGACGUUUUAAGCGAUCACCGCCGAUCAGAUCGUGAGCAAGUCGUAGCUUCGGACGAUACUCACGAAGAGAACAAGCCUGCGGCUGCUUGGAGCUGUUCACGAUGUACGUUGAUCAAUCCGCCGACCAACGCUAGCUGCUCAAGCUGCGGUCAUCGCUACCGACGAGCUCGACCUCAAAUUAUUGACCUGGGCGGCGACGACGAUGAAGACUGGUAG